CGUGCGUGGCGACGUGUCGGCCAUCUUGUGUUGUUGAGGCUGAGGACUGACUUGGGUUCUGAGACUCCCUGUCCCGGACCGCAGAUUAUAGUGGGACCAGUCUCAUUAGGUUGAAUCUACAGCCUAUGUUGGUGUUAACCCAGGUCUCUUAGAGCGUUAAAAGGAUCUGAACAAAGUCUGCUCAAAUCUCCUGCUGUGAACCAGCAGAAUUUUUGAACAGAGACUGUCUCGUUCUGUCACCCAGGCUAGAGUGCAGUGGUGCUAUCAUAACUCACUGGAGCCCUGAUCUAGGCUCAAACCAUCCUCCCACCUCAGCCUCCCAAGUAGCUGGGACUAAGGUUUCUUCACAUAUAAAAAUCUAUUUUAAAAAUACGGAAAAGAAUGGCAGCGGAAACGCAGACGCUGAACUUUGGGCCUGAAUGGCUCCGAGCUCUGUCCAGUGGUGGGAGUAUUACAUCCCCUCCUCUUUCUCCAGCAUUGCCGAAGUAUAAAUUAGCAGAUUAUCGUUACGGCAGAGAAGAAAUGUUAGCACUUUUCGUUAAAGACAACAAGAUACCUUCAGACCUUCUGGAUAAAGAAUUUCUGCCUAUCCUCCAGGAGGAACCCCUUCCACCAUUGGCUCUGGUACCCUUUACAGAAGAAGAACAGAGAAACUUUUCCAUGUCUGUAAAUAGUGCUGCUGUCCUGCGAUUGACAGGACGAGGAGGAGGAGGAACAGUGGUGGGGGCUCCUAGAGGUCGAAGUUCUUCAAGAGGGCGAGGCAGAGGCAGAGGUGAAUGUGGUUUCUACCAAAGAAGUUUUGAUGAAGUAGAGGGUGUUUUUGGUCGAGGAGGUGGCAGAGAAAUGCAUAGAUCGCAGAGCUGGGAGGAAAGGGGUGACAGACGUUUUGAAAAACCAGGACGAAAAGAUGUAGGAAAGAAGAAUGGAUAUUAUUGCAUGUACUCACCAGUUCUUUUGCUGGGUCAGCCUUUAUGCCAAGGGAGACCAAAUUUUGAGGAAGGUGGACCAACAUCAGUAGGGAGAAAGCAUGAAUUUAUACGCUCAGAAAGUGAAAAUUGGCGCAUCUUUAGAGAGGAACAAAAUGGAGAAGAUGAAGAUGGAGGUUGGCGACUAGCUGGAUCAAGGAGGGAUGGAGAGAGGUGGCGACCUCACAGUCCUGAUGGCCCUCGUUCUGCAGGCUGGCGGGAACACAUGGAACGACGUCGAAGGUUCGAGUUUGAUUUUCGAGAUAGAGAUGAUGAGCGGGGUUACCGAAGGGUUCGCUCUGGCAGUGGGAGCAUAGAUGAUGACAGGGAUAGCUUGCCCGAAUGGUGCUUAGAGGAUGCUGAAGAAGAAAUGGGCACAUUUGACUCAUCUGGAGCAUUCCUUUCUCUAAAAAAAGUACAGAAAGAGCCUAUUCCAGAAGAGCAGGAGAUGGACUUCCGGCCUGUGGACGAAGGGGAGGAGUGCUCUGACUCUGAGGGUAGCCAUAAUGAAGAGGCCAAAGAACCCGAUAAGACAAAUAAGAAAGAAGGAGAGAAAACAGAUAGAGUAGGAGUUGAAGCUAGUGAGGAAACUCCCCAGACCUCAUCAUCAUCUGCUAGACCAGAUACUCCCUCAGACCAUCAGUCUCAGGAAGCAUCACAGUUUGAGAGGAAAGAUGAACCAAAAACUGAGCAAACGGAAAAAGCUGAAGAGGAGACUCGGAUGGAAAAUAGUCUACCAGCCAAAGUGCCCAGCAGAGGGGAUGAUGUGGUUGCUGAUGUCCAGCAGCCCCUGUUGCAGAUUCCUUCAGAUACAGCCUCUCCUCUUCUCAUACUUCCACCUCCUGUUCCCAAUCCUAGUCCUACCCUCCGGCCAGUUGAAACGCCAGUUGUAGGUGCUCCUGGUAUGGGCAGUGUCUCCACAGAACCUGAUGAUGAAGAAGGUCUCAAACAUUUGGAGCAGCAAGCUGAGAAAAUGGUGGCUUAUCUCCAAGACAGUGCACUAGAUGAUGAAAGAUUGGCAUCAAAACUGCAAGAGCACAGAGCUAAAGGAGUGUCGAUUCCAUUGAUGCAUGAAGCAAUGCAGAAGUGGUAUUACAAAGAUCCUCAGGGAGAAAUUCAAGGUCCCUUCAAUAAUCAGGAGAUGGCAGAAUGGUUUCAGGCGGGCUAUUUUACUAUGUCUUUAUUGGUGAAGAGAGCAUGUGAUGAAAGCUUCCAACCUCUUGGCGAUAUCAUGAAAAUGUGGGGAAGGGUUCCCUUUUCUCCAGGACCAGCUCCCCCUCCUCAUAUGGGAGAGCUGGACCAGGAACGACUGACCAGGCAGCAAGAACUCACAGCCUUAUACCAGAUGCAGCACCUGCAGUACCAGCAGUUUUUAAUACAACAACAAUAUGCACAGGUUUUGGCCCAACAGCAGAAAGCAGCCCUGUCUUCCCAGCAGCAGCAGCAGUUGGCACUUCUUCUUCAACAGUUUCAGACCCUGAAGAUGAGAAUAUCUGAUCAGAACAUCAUUCCCUCAGUAACUAGGUCUGUGUCCGUGCCAGAUACUGGCUCUAUCUGGGAGCUUCAGCCAACAGCUUCACAGCCUACAGUUUGGGAAGGUGGUAGUGUAUGGGAUCUUCCUCUGGACACCACGACACCAGGCCCUGCCCUGGAACAGCUUCAGCAGCUAGAGAAGGCCAAAGCUGCAAAGCUAGAGCAAGAGAGAAGAGAGGCAGAAAUGAGGGCAAAACGGGAAGAGGAAGAGCGAAAGAGGCAGGAAGAACUCCGAAGACAACAGGAGGAAAUUCUUCGGAGACAGCAGGAAGAAGAAAGGAAAAGGCGAGAGGAAGAAGAACUUGCCCGAAGGAAACAGGAAGAGGCUCUGCGUCGCCAGCGGGAGCAAGAAAUUGCAUUAAGGCGACAGCGAGAAGAGGAAGAAAGACAGCAGCAAGAAGAAGCUCUUAGAAGACUGGAAGAGAGGAGAAGAGAAGAGGAAGAAAGGCGGAAGCAGGAAGAAUUGUUACGCAAACAGGAAGAGGAGGCUGCAAAAUGGGCCCGGGAAGAAGAAGAAGCCCAGCGUCGAUUAGAGGAGAACCGGCUGCGGAUGGAAGAGGAGGCAGCCAGACUCCGGCAUGAGGAAGAAGAACGGAAGAGAAAGGAGCUGGAGGUCCAGCGGCAGAAGGAGUUAAUGCGCCAGAGGCAGCAGCAGCAAGAGGCUCUCCGGAGGUUGCAGCAGCAGCAGCAGCAACAACAGCUGGCGCAGAUGAAGCUUCCUUCUUCUUCAACGUGGGGCCAGCAGUCCAGUACAACAGCAUGUCAGUCCCAGGCCACGCUGUCGUUGGCUGAAAUCCAAAAACUAGAGGAAGAACGAGAACGGCAGCUUCGAGAAGAGCAGAGGCGCCAGCAGAGGGAGUUGAUGAAAGCUCUUCAGCAGCAGCAGCAGCAGCAACAGCAGAAACUCUCAGGUUGGGGGAAUGUCAGCAAACCUUCAGGUACCACGAAAUCUCUUCUGGAGAUCCAGCAGGAAGAGGCCAGGCAAAUGCAAAAGCAGCAGCAGCAGCAGCAGCAACACCAGCAACCAAACAGAGCUCGUAACAAUACGCAUUCCAACCUGCACACCAGCAUUGGGAAUUCUGUUUGGGGCUCUAUAAAUACUGGUCCUCCUAACCAGUGGGCAUCUGACCUAGUCAGUAGUAUUUGGAGUAAUGCUGACACUAAAAACUCCAACAUGGGAUUCUGGGAUGAUGCAGUGAAAGAGGUGGGACCUAGGAAUUCAACAAAUAAAAAUAAAAACAACGCCAGUCUCAGUAAAUCUGUAGGUGUGUCUAACCGGCAGAAUAAGAAAGUAGAAGAAGAAGAAAAGUUGCUGAAGCUCUUUCAGGGAGUAAAUAAAGCCCAAGAUGGAUUUACGCAGUGGUGUGAACAGAUGCUUCAUGCCCUUAAUACGGCAAAUAACUUGGAUGUUCCCACAUUUGUUUCUUUCCUGAAAGAAGUAGAAUCUCCUUAUGAGGUCCAUGAUUAUAUCAGGGCCUAUUUAGGAGAUACUUCUGAGGCCAAGGAGUUUGCCAAGCAGUUCCUUGAGCGCCGUGCCAAACAGAAAGCCAACCAGCAGCGUCAGCAGCAGCAGCUGCCACAGCAGCAGCAGCAGCCGCCACAGCAGCCGCCACAGCAGCCGCAACAGCAGGACUCUGUGUGGGGGAUGAACCACAGUACACUCCAUUCAGUAUUUCAGACCAAUCAAAGCAACAACCAACAAUCCAAUUUUGAGGCUGUGCAGAGUGGCAAGAAGAAGAAAAAGCAGAAGAUGGUCCGAGCAGAUCCCAGUUUAUUAGGAUUUUCAGUCAAUGCAUCAUCGGAGCGACUCAACAUGGGUGAAAUCGAGACGUUGGAUGACUACUGAGCACCUGCCAGUGGACUGGCCAUCCCUCUCCUGUCUGCUGACUAUGGAGUCUCCACCUUUGGACACAACACUUACUCACCAUUUACUCUUUAUCACUCUGCAACAAAUCACAGAACCGAUCAUCUCAGGCUUUUUCUUCUGGCCCUUUGUGUCCAAGAUUCUUUAAUCCAUUUUUGUUGGUGAACAUCUCAGACUAUAGAUAAGUGGACUGGACCCUGUGUCUUGGGGGUGGCAGUUGGGAUUACUCCCCAACAAGGCUGAUUUUAGGCAGCAUGUGUUCACUGUGCUGUGAUUUCAUCUACUGUCUCCCAGAAAGUGUGUUGGGAUCGGCCAUUAGCAGCUUGCUUUCUCUUGUCACUUUUUUUCUUCUAUUUUGUUUUUUCUUCUUCUUUUUCCCCCCAUCAGGGCAAAUGGUCUAACUGGUGCAAUCAUGAAGAGAGUUAAUGGUUAACAGACAUUGGCCAAUAACAAAACACCCCAUGGACUGUGACUCGAGUAUCCAACAGGCAGUCAGAGCUCUCCCGGUCUGAAAGUUGCAUUGCCACUGCUAACUUUGGGAUUGCAUCAGAGAGGCCCUGAGUGGGGUUGAGAUGAGGUUGGAUUGGUUUGAUGUUACACACUCCUCACCUGUUCUUUCUGAGCGUCCUUUCUCUGAAAGGAUUUAUGUUUUUCUUCGUUAGAUAGUGACUUCUGAGCAAGCCGAUCUCCCCUGGCAUGCUCCAACCUGAUUGGACAAAGGAAGCUCUAUGGCCUGGGAGAGAGACUAUUCUUAAUUUUUCUUUCUUACAAAAACUGAUUUUUCCCAUAAAUAUUUUUACUUCAGAGGACUAGGACCAUUUUGUUUUGGGCCCUUCUGCUGAAAAUUUGUCUCGUUUAAGAGGCAGCUAGAAUCUUUACCAUAUGUAUGAAUUUGUAUAAUUUCAUUUUUGGAUAGGGAUAAACUUUUGCUUCUGAUAAAAGCCUGGAAUUUCA